GGAGUGCACUCGGGAUGGCCAAACUGCCACUUACCACCUUCUCUAUUUGCUUAUUAAUGGCAGUAGCUGAGCCAUUCGUGAUCCGGACCAAAAACAGAAUUAAUGUGACUGUUGGAGAAACAGCAAACUUUUCAGUGAAACCAUCAGCUGCAGUGAGGAGUGGGAACUGGGAAUUCCAAGGGAAAAGCAUUGGGAUAUGGCUCCGUUCAUCUGCUUCGAUAAGUCGUGAAUAUGGGUCGCGUGCUGAGAUUUUAGCACCAAAUGGAUCGCUCCUGCUGAAGUCCGUGAUGUUUUCAGACAGUGGGGAGUACACUGUUACCAUGGUUCCUGAAGUGGGCGACCAAACCUCAGCGACCCUCACCCUGCAUGUACUUGAUCAUAAAACAAAUGUUGGCGUCACAGUUGGCAUAGUGAUUGCUUCACUUGUUUUUUUGGGUUUUGUUGGUGGGAUCAGUGUAUGGUUAAUCAAAAUUAAAUCACACAGAAUGAAAUCUGCAACACAAGAGCAACAUACUAUCUCAAGAGAAUGUGACCAUGUUGCACCAUUUGAUAAGAAAUCAUCGACGAUCUAUGAAAAUAUCCCAAGAGAACAAAAGGAACAUUUUCUGAUUCACUCGUGGAUUCUAGCAGCCUUGGUGAGUUUCUACAGUGUAUCAUGUGGAUACUUCACACUGCUGCUGCUGCUGAAUAUCACUAAUAGAAGGAGUUGAUUUUGUGUCUGUGCUGCCAAAUAAUCAGGAUGGUUUUUCCUGGAUGGUGUGAAGCUUCUGUUGUGUUGUUGGAGCUAAGCUGAUACAGGCAAGCUAUUUUAUCACGGUUCUGACCUGUGCCUUGUGGAUGGUUGACAAGCUUUGAUGAUUCAUGGGGUGAAAUACUGCCUCCCGGACUCCAAUCCUCUUUCCUGUUCUUGAAGCCUGCCAUUUAAUUGAAAUAUUAAAGUAGUUAUGAAUCAAUGAUCACUGAUAGUGCGUUGAUGCUGUCACAUUAACAAGGUUAUUUUGUCCUUGUGUUUUCUUUUUAAGACAGGUCAUAAAGGCAGAGAUGUGGAAAUAUCUGGAAAGACCCUUAUUUAGCAAUAGCAGAGGAGUGGCCAGUUCUCCCUGUUCAGUUUUUUAUCUAGUUUGGUUUAGUUGUUGCAGUGAGAAGCUGGUACAGGCCAGAUAAAGCUUCCAAACUUCAGCAGAUUGACUGACUUACCUCUGCUGCCUGUGAGAACCAGUAUUUGAAUUUACCUUUUACCAAGGGGCAUGUUUACGGGAUGUUACGGGAAUUGGAACAGCUCCUUAGUUAAGUUGCUAUGUUGGGUCAGUUAAGUUUUCCAACAAUAAGUUAUUCUCAGUUCCAUUUCUUUUGUCCAUGUUUCAACUGUAGCCUUGAAAUAAGCUCUAGUUUUCUUAAAGCCAAGUGGUUUGAAGAGCUGCAUCACAAUUAGAAUAUCCACUUCACAUCUGCCUUUAACUAAGAUAAGUCAGGUUCUUGGCUACCUUCUUAAAAUAUUUUGAGGGGGUCUGGCCUAGUCACUGAUUCAGCAAUGGAAAUUACAUUGGAAUUCAAGGGAUAACGACACUCUUUCUGGCAAUUUAGAAUAUCUUUGACUGGCUUAAUAUUGGAUGUUUCAGAAGGUGUGCUUGAGAAAGCAAAGGACAAAGGCUGUGACAAAAAAAAUGUGAUGAAGUUGCACAGAAUACAAAGCACACGACUGGAAUCUCUAAAUCUACAUUCCUCUCAGGGAAUGUUGACAUGAUGCACUGUCAGCAUAAUAAGGACGUUAUUGUAUCUGAAUGUAGCUAGUCAGGGAAAUAACCUGCCUUCAAAAAUCCUCUGUAUUUCUCUGAAUGCUCCCUCAUCAAUGUCUGAGUUCAAAAUCCCCUGGAGGAACUCAGCAUUGAAAUGAAGGCUUAGUGAAGGAGAAUUCCCUUUUCUUUACUGUUACUAACAAUAAGUGACUUCAGCCUAUUAUUACUGAUCUAUGAAGUCAUCCCGUCACAAAAGCUUGAGUGGAAAGACUCUUCCACUGCAGUUAAAUAAAAACUCGCAAUCAUGUUUUAUUUUAAAUUGAACUGUUUCUUUGCAUAAGCCCUGUUAUGUUUGUAUUCCUAAAAGUAUCAUAAUAUUUUCCAAGACUUGAAGGUUUCAUGUAGGUGUGCGUAUUUGACAUGUGAAGAGAAUGGUUAUGCAAAUAUAUUUGUCCUGUUUAAGUAAUUGAAUAAUAAUCCUUA